UAGCAAGUAGAAUCAUUUUAUUUCCAACAAGAGACGAAUAAUUUUAUAAUUUUGAAAUACUUUUGUAUACACCAAUCGACAAGGAACCAAAAAUGAAAUUAAAAACUGUGUUAUUUAGUAUGCUAAUUAUAGCUAUUGCGUUUACAGCUGGCGCCGAAGCUCGCAAACGAUCGAAACCACGUAAUAGAUCUACUUCAAAUAAACAAAGUACUCAGCAUAGUGAGAGUAUUCUUAAUAAAAGUGGAAGCGGUCAUAACAAAAGAGGAAGCGCAGGUGAACAUCAUGCAGUUGUUAGCCAACAUCAUAAUACUGCUGACCGUAAUUCCAAACAACAUACUCAUGAUUCAAAUACCGAAGUAGCAAAAACUCAUAGUAAUACUCAUGUAGCAAAUACUCCAGAAAGUCCUCAUAAUUUCAAUCAACCUGAAAGCUAUCCAAAACAACAAACUGCUAUUCCAAAUAAUGGAGAUACUAUUGUAAAUACUCCUCAACAACCUGUUUAUAUCGUAAAUGCACAGCAACCAAAUACACAAUCUUCAGGAACAGAUGAUUUCGCAGCAGGUUAUGUAGCAGGAGCUAAUUCAGCUCGCCGAAAACUAAGACGUAGAAAGACAACAACGACAACGACUACAGUUGCCCCUACUACUGUUACAAAUCCAUGCAUAACUGGCACUCCAGUACCUGACAAAAUAGUAAAUAACGAACUACAACAAAAUCCAGGAGUUAAUUGUGAUCCUACCAGUAUCACGCCCACUCCAACUACAUACCAAAACCCUCCAUUGGCCGCUAUUAUCUAAAUAUAAAGUUGCUAAUUGUCAAACUAUAUUUAAAUUAGUUGUACUUUGUAUUAUUUUGUAUGUAAAAUAAUUAACACAAUUAUAACAUAUUUUUAGCUAAUAA